GGAAAGCAACCAAUACUGAGGGGGAUGGAGAAACGGGAGAGGGAAGCCCGGUCGCCCCCGAGUCUCUCCGACCUCCCAGACUGUCUGCUGCUCAUGAUUCUGGCGUGGCUGCCCCCCCGUGACCGACUGGGUGGGGCCAGGAUUUGUAGACGAUGGAAUCGCUUGGUGCGGGACAAGUUCCUGUGGAGACAUGUGGACCUGACUUCCUACAAGAUAUCUUCCAAGACUCUCUGGCAUCUGUUGCGCAACCAUCUCCAAGGCAGCCUGCGGACCCUGAAGGCACAGGGAUACAUUAAUUCUGUCCGGAAGCGGGAAGUGUUCACUCCAGCAUUGAUGCAGGCCCUGGGCAAGCAGUGCCCUAGCCUCUGCCACCUGUGCCUGACAGCUACAGACCUCCGUUCCCUCCUCUAUGAACAUAUCCCCUCCUCUCUCACCACCCUAGAGCUGAGCCUCUGUGAGAUCCCUUCUGGGUGGUUCAAAGUGCCUGAAGGCUCUCAACCCUUGUGGACCUACCCAAAGAUCCAGCAUCUUGUCAUCAGGGAUGUCCCUUCCUUCUCCGACCAGCACCUCUUCAACAUCUCUGUCCAAGGCACUCUCAAGAGUCUUGUCCUGUCCAACACCUAUCGGAUAUCAGAUGCAGGGAUCCAGAGAGCCUCACUGCAUCUUGGAAAGCUAGAACACCUCACCUUGCAAUGCUGUAGCAUUGGCGAUUCAGCCACGCACUUCGUUGGGCGCCACAUGAAAAGCCUGCACACUUUAGACCUUGGGGGUAGUUUCCAUCUGACAGAUGCUGGUCUCCUUUGCCUGAGCAGCUUGUCUCUCCUGGAGGACGUCUCUCUGGCACAUUGCAUUGCACUUUCCCCAGAAGCCAUCCUGGCCUUUUGCCAAGCACUGCCCCAACUACGACACCUCGAUUUAAGUGGGAUAAAAUUUAAAGAUGAGAUCAUCCACAAAAUCCAGGCAACUUUGCCAGACAGUGUGGUGGAUCAACACGGCCCCAGCAUAAAUACCCAUGGGAAACCUUACCAGUUAGUGAGCAAAGUUCAUUCACGUAGUUGAGGAAGAACCUUAAAAGGUAGAGACUUUUCACUCCUUAGAGGCUGAUGGUUUAACUAGUGUUGCACAGACCACAUAGCCAGAUUCCCCUAACUGUGGUAUGAGAGGGAGGCGGGUGAAAGAAGACCAAUAAUAAGUGCAGCAACAAACAUUUGGGACUAUAGGCUUUAGAUGCAGUUUGGUCUCUUCACCAAACUGCUGUGCAGUUCCAACCCCUAAACAGCUUUUUUCCCCUGUUACUGAAAAUGUUGCAGUUUUCAUGCAUCCCAUCCUUUCCUCCUGCUGCUGUGUUGAAUGACUCAAGACUAAUUAUCUUUUUUAAUGAGCAAGAAGAUGGCACAUCUAAAGUAGCAGCUGCCUGAACUUCACAAGCUUUGAUAUUUUGUUUGUUUUUUGAAAAACAGCCUUUCUACCUGUGACAGAACUGGCCUUUAAUAAACUGCCUGAAAUCUGUAUUCUAAGGUAUUUUUCCAUUGUAAAAAAAUGGUGUGUUGCACUGACUAAAGUUAAAGUGGAUGAGAUUUUGCAUAAUACAAUGAAAUGUGUUUUUUUUAAUUUU